AUGUACUUCCUUCAGGACAAAUAUCUUUUUGAGGAGCUACAAUGUUAUAGAAAUAAUAAUUAUAACCUUUUUUUAGUAUUUUUAACAUUAAAUACACCAUAUGUACUAGGAGACCCAGAUAACCUUAUUUCUGCUAAUCCACUAUUAACGCCUGUCCAUAUCCAAACAGAAUGGUAUUUUUUAUUUGCUUAUAAAAUCGUCCGCUCAAUCACUAAUAAAGUAGAGGGUGUAAUCGCCUUAGUUAUAUCAAUUAUUGCAAUCUUAUAUAUUAUUCCUUUUAUUAAUAAAAAAAUUCUCAAGAACCCAAUUAUCCUAUCAACAAACUCUUAUUCUGAUCAAUAUUUACUGUUGUUAUUUUAUUAA